GCCCAGGGUCUUAUCCCGGCUCACAUGCUUGCUGGAGACUCCAGCCUGGGAGGCAGAUCUGCAGAGUCCCCUUCGUCCCCAUCUGGCCAGGACAGUGUCCAGCGGCAUGAGCUGCCAUGGGCACUGCCAUCUGCUGUGGGGGUGUCUGUGGGAGGGGCCCGGGGGCAGGCCAGCCGGCCAGCUUCCCUGCCGUUAGCCCCCAGAGCCAGGCCAGAGGGGGCUCCCAGCGGAGCUCUAAGUCCCAGCUCCUCUCCGAGGAGGAGGAGGCGGCCGUGGGUUCUGCAGCCAGAGGCUGCUCAGCUCCGAGCUCUGGAGCCAGAUGUAACGUUGACCUUAAAUGGUAAAAGCUCCCCAGAGUGCAGAGAGGCUGGCCAGAGGAGGAAAGGGGAAUAACUCAGUUUUAGGUAAGCCUUCGCUGCAUCCUAGAAUAACCUGCCUCUUCGGCUGGGAAGCAGAGGGAACGUUCUCCUCCUUAAAGCAGGGCCCUCCCACCGCAGGACUCUCCUGCAGCCCACCCACGAUAGUCCUGACGGGGGAUGCCAGCUCACCAGAAGGAGAAACCGACAAAAACCUGGCCAACAGAGUUCACGGUCCCCACAAGAGGCUUUCUCACCGACACUUGAAGGUUUCCACUGCUUCCCUGACGUCUGUGGACCCUACGGGGCACAUCAUUGACCUGGUAAAUGACCAGCUGCCGGACAUCAGCAUCUCAGAGGAGGACAAGAAGAAAAACCUGGCGCUGCUGGAAGAAGCCAAGUCGGUGAGUGAGCGAUUCCUGACCCGCCGUGGAAGGAAGUCCAGGAGCAGCCCUGGAGACUCCCCGACAGCUGUUUCCCCCAACCUCAGCCCCGGAGCUUCUCCCGCAUCCUCUCGGAGCAACUCUCUUACUGUCCCCACCCCAGCAGGUUUGGGUGUGUGCAGUGGCCCACAGUCCCCUCUGCCCGGAGCUCCAGCACAGAGGGGGGAUGAGGCCAAAGUCUCUUCACCUCAGCUUGGCGAGCCUAAUGUCCCCAAAGGGCUAGCUGACCGGAAGCAGAAUGACCAGAGGAAAGUGUCUCAGGGAAGGCUGGCUCCUCGUUCUCCUACGGUUGAGAAGUCCAAAGAAAUUGCAAUAGAACAAAAGGAAAACUUUGAUCCUCUCCAGCACCCCGAGGCUGCACCCACGGGCCCACCUCCUAGCACAGGCAGCAGUGGGAGAAUGGCCCUGAAUAGCCCCCAGCCGGGCCCCAUUGAGGGCGAGCUAGGGAAGCAGCUCCCAAAGACUGCCAAGGAGGGCAGCCCUCUGCCGAGAAGUCCGGCCCAGGGUCUGGGAGGGGCGGCUCCCCCAGACCCUCAGGGAAGAGGCCCAGCUGAAGAGCCUACAGGGUCCAAGGUUGGCUCCAAAGCUGAGCUGCGGCCCCCUGCACCCCGCAGCCCCCUACUGCGGGGGGUCUCCUGGGACAGUGGCCCUGAAGAGCCUGGCUCCCGGCUGCAGAAAGUGUUUGCCAAGCUGCCGCUGGCAGAGGAGGAGAAGCGUUUUGCAGGCAAAGCCAGUGGCAAGCUGGCCAAGGCGCCCGGACUCAAAGACUUUCAGAUACAAGUGCAGCCCGUGCGGAUGCAGAAGCUGACCAAGCUCCGAGAGGAGCACAUCCUGAUGAGAAAUCAGAACUUAGUGGGGCUCAAGCUUCCAGAGCUCAGUGAAGCAGCAGAGCAGGAGAAAGGGCUUCCUUCUGAACUCUCCUCAGCUAUUGAGGAAGACGAAUCAAAGACUGGCUUGGAUGUCAUGCCUAAUAUUUCUGACGUGCUGCUGCGCAAACUGCGUGUCCACAAGAGCCUCCCUGGAAGUGCCCCUCCACUCACCGAAAAGGAAGUUGAGAACGUGUUUGUACAACUAUCCUUGGCCUUUAGAAAUGACAGCUACACCCUGGAAUCUAGAAUUAACCAGGCUGAAAGGGAACGCAACCUAACAGAGGAGAACACGGAGAAGGAACUGGAAAACUUCAAAGCUUCCAUUACGUCCUCAGCUUCGCUCUGGCACCACUGUGAGCACCGGGAGACCUACCAGAAGCUGCUGGAGGACAUCGCUGUCCUGCACCGCCUGGCUGCCCGCCUGUCCAGCCGCGCUGAGAUGGUGGGCGCCGUGCGCCAGGAGAAGCGUAUGUCAAAAGCCACAGAAGUGAUGAUGCAGUAUGUGGAGAAUCUGAAGAGGACGUAUGAGAAGGACCAUGCAGAGCUCAUGGAGUUUAAAAAACUUGCAAAUCAGAAUUCAAGCCGCAGUUGUGGCCCCUCUGAAGACGGGGUCCCUCGCACGGCACGGUCCAUGUCCCUCACGCUGGGAAAGAAUAUGCCCCGCCGGAGGGUCAGUGUUGCUGUAGUUCCCAAGUUUAAUGCCCUGAACCUACCUGGCCAAACUCCCAGCUCAUCACCCAUCCCGUCCUUACCAGCCUUGUCGGAAUCAACCAAUGGGAAAGGCAGCCUACCUGUCACUUCAGCGCUGCCUGCACUUUUGGAAAAUGGAAAGACAAACGGGGACCCGGAUUGUGAGGCCCCUGCGCCCGUGCCAGCCCCGAGCUGUCUGGAGGAGGUUAGUCAGGAGACCAAGGCCAGGAUGGAGGAAGAAGCCUUCAACAAGGGAUACCAGGAAGGUCUGAAGAAGACCAAAGAACUUCAAGACCUGAAGGAGGAGGAGGAAGAACAAAAGAAUGAGAGUCCUGAGGAACCUGAAGAGGUAGAAGAAAUCGAGGAAGAAGAAAAGGACCAGAGAAGCAGCAAACUUGAAGAAUUGGUCCAUUUCUUACACGUCCUGUAUCCCAAACUGUGUCAGCACUGGCAAGUGAUCUGGGUGAUGGCUGCAGUGAUGCUGGUCUUGACUGUUGUGCUGGGGCUCUACAAUUCCUAUAACUCUUGUGUGGAGCAGGCUGAUGGGCCCCUUGGAAGAUCCACUUGCUCAGCAGCCCAGAGGGACUCCUGGUGGAGCUCAGGACUCCAGCAUGAGCAGCCCACGGAGCAGUAGGAAGCCUGAUACUUGGCCAAUGUCCUGCUCUGGCAUGCUCAGCCUGCCAGCCUGUCCCCAAGUAUAGUGUCAGGCCCAGGUGUGGACAUGUUGGUGCCUAUCCCAUCAGGAAUGUGGGGUUCUUUCCACACUCAGCAUUUCUGUGGGAGCUAUUUACACACAGCGACUUGAUGUUCUUGGAGGAUCAACAAAACUGCCUGGGAAAGCAUCCAGUGGAUGAAGAAGUCACCUUCACCAGGAACUCUAACUGAAGGGAAGGUCUCCUGCCCCUAGCUCAGAUGGCUAGGGAGAACUAAAACACCUUCACUGGAGGGGGUCAAUAAUAGGCUCACUCUCUCCUUUUUUCUCUCUGCAAUUGGUUAUAAGGAAGAACUAUACAUAAUAACUAAUAUUGACCCUAAGGAUCAGACCUGGAAUUUGGAGUUGCAACAUGAAUAUCUUCCCAUUUCCUAUCUCAUUUUCAAUGACUAGCAUUCAAUUUCCCCUUCUCCCUGUUGGAAUCAGAGUUUCUUUUUGCAUAAGCAGAAAAGAUUUCUCCAAAAAAACUGUGUAGGCUGAAUUUAGCUAAGUGCUUGAGAUGAAAUGGGAAGAUGGGAAUUACUGUGUAUGCCUCUGUACACACACAACACACACAUACACACAACACACAUGUGCACAAAGCCAACGACCCGCCAAAAGUGUGCUGUGGGUAUGUGCUCCAGAUAAAUAAGAUGCAUGUCGAGCCAACCCACAAGACUUUCACUAGGUGUGGGGCAGUCACCAGGCACCUGUUUAAUGAGCUCUCCACAUGGAUUGAAGAUGUUUGAAAAACACUGAAAACUCAUGGCUUCAAUGGCAAACUUGUUUGUCUCUAUUUCAAAUGCUGAUUCUAAGCUGCUGUACAGCACGGUCUGUUUUCUAUUUGUUUUCUCCCUUUGAAACCAGUUAACCUCUCAGGUGAACAAAGAGGAAAAGUGUGCUUUCAGCGUCAAUCUGUACUCCGUGUGUGUGCCCACAGGCAAGGGUACAGUUGCACCUUAGUGCUUCAUUUCUAAGGAAAUUUCCAACCCAACUGUAAGCUUUGGAGCAUUCCUAAUUGUUUAGCAUAAAAGUGAAAAAGCAUUUCCAAUCUCCAAUUGGACUUCUCUCCUGACCUUUACAGCCACUGCCUUCAUUCAGCCCUCAUCAGUUUUGGGGGUGUUGGUUUCCAUGUGGGUUUUGUUAUAGUUGUUUUGCUUUUGUUUUUUUGUUACUGAUAUUGUUUGCUUUUGUUGCUGACACUCCUAUAGAACUUACUUUGAACCAAGCACUGUUCUCAGUAUUCCAUAGUUAUCAAUUAAUUUAGUCUUCAAGAAAAAGAAGAAAACUAUGAGGUGGGUACUACUCUUCCCAUUUUCAGAUGAGGAAACUGAAGCACAAGCAGGAUAAGAAACUUGCUAAGGACACCCAGCUAGUAAAUCAUGGGAGCUAGAACUCAAACCCAGGUAGGCUGGCUCCAGAGCUGUGCUCAUUGCCUCUUCUGAUGGUCUCCUACCUGGAUGCCUUGCAGUCCAGUCCUCCUCCUCCAUGUGGCCCUACAGCUACUCCAUCUCUGGUUCCCAAACUAAAUGGUUUCUCUUGCAGCUCAGGACCUCUAUUCACUAGUUUUUCCUCCAGUAGUUCUUCUCUUCUGGUCACUCUUCAGGACCAAGUGCACAAAUCAUCCCUUCCAUACAAGCUUUGAUGACCUCCCUUCCCCAUUCUCCACCAUAUACAACCUCCUCUGUGCUUUCCAGAAUUUUCUAAAUAUUUUCGUUACUGACCUUUGCCUACAAUAUAUCACAAUAACCUAUUUAUCUGCAUCCCCUGGCAUUUUUCCUCAAAGACAAGAACUAUGUCUUACCCAUCUCUUGGGUAAGUGCCUAGCAUGGCAGCUGAUACUUGGGAGGGUGUCAUUUUGUAACUGUCAUUUUGAUCAGUUACAGAGUGAUCAAAAGAACAAGUGAACAUUCAAGGUGGUGGAGAGCAGCCUGGGACAGCUAACAAUUUGCGUGCUUCCCAGUACUAGCACCAAUACCACCACCAUCUUUCUUAGCGUAUUUCUUAACCACAGCUUACUCUAAUAUUUCUCAGCCUAUUCUGAGAGCAGGAAUGAGGCCAGACUAGCAAGACCAUUUACAAGCUCAAGGACUGGGCUCAAUGCAAUCUAUCCCUUCAGAGAGACCCCCACCUUAAAGGAUGUCCCACUUUAAAGCAGCAUGUUUAUUGAAGGAGAAUCCUUUAUAGUGGCCAAAAAUGACUGUGAGAGGAGCCUAUGCCAGGGUUGGCCCAGGAUGUGCCAUUAAGGUAAAGAGGUACAAAGCAGAGGGACUUUGGGGACAUGGGUGAAUGGUUGACCUGGCCUCUUUCAAGGGGUCCAGAUACAACCAAAGGAGCUUUAGCUACAUGAGGCCAUCAGAGCCAAAGACGGGCUGCAAAUGGAGUUCCAGAGAAUGGCUGUGGGGCAGGUCUCUAGGUGGGCAAUUUCCAGUCUCAGCCUCCGUUAAAGGAGGACCAGGCUGAGAUGCCCUAUUGUCCACUUGGCCACAGGUUCCCAUCUUUUUUCCAGGUGAGUCAAAGGCCAGGAGAGCAGGUGUAGUGAGCAGAUGCAGAGAGCUCCUGUACCUCCAGCCGCUCCACAGAAAGGCCUGCAGGAGUACUCCCGGGCACAGGCCCUCUCCUGCACUACUCCAUUUGCAAGUAAAGGGAGGUCGAGGAAAAGGACAUCUCCAAAAGGGAGCGAAAGAGUAGCCACAUUUACAAGGCCAUUGUUGAAAAUGUGCUCAUUGGUAUGUCUUUGCUGGAAAGGAAAGAUCAACCUGAAGCAGCUGAAGCUGCUGCCAAAGCAGUAGUGAAAUGGAGAGAAACAGGUCGCAUUUGUAUAUCCAACGGUGACAUUGAUCUGAAAUAAAAGUUCCUCUCCAAAUGCCUCUGAAGUCUCACAUUUUUGCUUAGCCCUGGGAGUCUGGUUGCCUACCUUCCGUUACAGAGUGAUGUGUUGUGCCAUUGUUGACGUCACCCCCUAAAAGGACCUUCCCUUUCUGACUGCCACAAAGUGAAAUGUGUUGCUCCCCGUGUACAACCUGACAGAGUAAAUGGAGAGGGAGAUGCUGGAUUUGUGUAUUACUGGCCACCAGUUCCCACUGUUAUGAAGCCUCAUGUGGGUGUGCUAGCAUUGAAUUGUAGAAUGUCACAUACCUGAGUUUGAAAAUAAAAGCACAUUUCCAAACCUUU